AUGUCCACCACUGUGGCCCCAAAAGUCCCCUCUGCGAGCUCCUCGGCGGACCAGCGGACGAUCGUCGUGGGUGCAUUCUGUUGUCUGGUGUUUUUCUUUAUGAUCGUGGUGAUGCUGUUGAUCCUGUACCGGAAGGUUCCUCUCUGCUGCAAAAUGAGGGUUUAUCAGGAAUCUCGCACUGACAUGGAAUCUCCUCCUCAGUACUACAACAGCAGACAGACUCUAGUUGCUUCGUCUGAUGCUGAGCAAACACUUGAUAAUGUGAAUGCGCAGUCGGGCUCGUUGUUCCUCAUUGGUGUGCCGAGCAGCUACUACCUUUCCUCACAAGAGCCUCCUCUUCCUCGUCUGCCCUCGUACGAGAGCGUACGCAAGAAAGACAGACAGCGGCAGAUCCACAUGAUGAUAGCCGACCGCUUCGGUCUGAACGGACCUGUUGUGACAGAGCCGCCUCCCACAUAUGAGGAGAGCAUUCGUCAGUCUGUCCAGUCCAUUGACGUCCCGUUUGACAUCCUGGCACCCGAGGAGGAGCCGCCACAUGCACCGGUUACACUCUCUGAGGCCGGCACAGAUUUACCUGCAUAUGAAGAUCUACCUCAAAUCACAGCCUCACAAGAUCCCAAUAACACUGUUAAUUAA